AUGGCCUCCGACCCUCGCCUGACAAGAUGGUACAUUGACAUGAGCCGCUGGACCGAAUCCACCACUCUGCUUCCCCUAAUCGACACCCUGCAGCCAGCCGAGCAGAAGAAGGUCAGAGCCUUCUAUCAUGUAGCAGACCGGCAUAUGUCUCUGGCAUCCUGUCUGCUGAAAUAUCUGUACAUCCAUCGCUCUGCCAAAGUGCCCUGGAACCAGGUCAUCAUCAGCCGCACGCCAAACCCCCACUGCAGACCAUGCUAUAUCAACACCCGCGAGACAGAGACGCUUCGUCUGGAGUUCAACGUCAGCCACCAGGCUAGCAUGGUAGCACUGGCGGGAUGCAUGUACCACAGUGAUGCCAAAGCAGACAGUAUGAGAAAACUUGACCCGUCUUCAAGCGGUGCUAAGGGACUGCCUCAGGUCGGGGUUGAUAUCACUUGUACGGAUGAGAGGGAGAGACGCAAUCCGUCAUUGGCACCGAGUACGGACAAGGAUCUUUGUGAAUUUGUUGACAUCUUUACAGAGGCGUUUUCGGCUCGUGAGCUGGAGAUUAUCAAGGCUGGUGGAGAGGAUGGGCAGGCGAGGUCCAUAAAGCACCGUACUCGGAUGUUCUACACGUACUGGGCACUCAAGGAAGCUUAUAUCAAGAUGAUUGGAGAAGGACUGCUGGCAUCUUGGUUGCAGAAGCUGGAAUUUUCCAAUGUUGUUUCCCCCGAGCCUGAGGAAGAGGGCGUCUGGGGUAAACCGUUGUCAGACAUAGAGAUACGGUUGAAAGGGGAGCCGGUUGACAAUGUGCGGAUGGAGGUUGUUGCGUUCGGGCAAAGGUAUAUACUUGCCACUGCUAUGAGGGGAGGCUGUGUUGGUCAGGCUCAGGGGUUGGAUGCUUGGGAUGAGUUUACGGCUAUUGAUAUUGAUAAGGAGGUUGGACCAUGUGCAAGGGGAGAAUGCAAAUGUCUUGACUGA